CCGCCCUCAAUGCUUCCCAACCUACCACGUGAUUACAGUCAUGGAGAACCAGCGCCCCAUGGAAGGGAAGUGUCCACACAAGAAAUAUUCCACAAGACCUAUUCACAGAUCUGAUGGGCAUAGAAGUCUUGGAAGAAAAAAAAAAGAUUGCUAUGG